GAAGGUGAAAGUCUUUAUUCAACUCGUUAUUUGAACCGGUUGUUUUGAGUUGUUGCCACGGUGUCCAGUGAAAGAAACAGCAGCUAUGUCGGUGUUUUCUGAGGUCCCCCAAGCAGUUCCCGUCGCUAUUUUCAAGCUAACGCAGGAUUUCAAUAACGACCAGUUUCCCAAAAAGGUGAACCUCGGAGUGGGAGCCUACCGGACAGAUGAAGGCCAGCCAUGGCUUUUGCCUGUAGUGAAAACGGUGGAAAACCAUAUUGUGCACGAUGACACGCUAAACCAUGAGUACCUACCCAUCCUGGGCCUGCCUGAGUUCAGAUCCUCAGCCUCCCAGAUGGCCCUGGGAAACGACAGUCCUGCCAUCGUGGAAGAAAGGGUGGGCGCUGUCCAGUGUCUGGGUGGUACAGGUGCUUUGAAGAUGGGUGCAGAGUUCCUCAGGCGUUUCUACAAUGGAAACAACAACACCAAAACACCCGUCUAUGUGUCCGCGCCUACCUGGGAUAAUCACAAUGCUGUAUUCGCCAAUGCUGGCUUUGAGGAUGUCCGUCCAUACAAGUACUGGGAUGCAGAGAAGAGGGGCCUUGAUUUGGCUGGUUUUCUUGGUGACUUGGAGAGUUGUCCAGAGCACUCUAUCUUUGUCCUGCAUGCCUGUGCCCAUAAUCCAACCGGCACAGACCCCACACAGGAGCAAUGGAUGCAAAUCGCUGAAAUUAUGAUGAGGAGGAAGCUGUUUGUGUUCUUUGACAUGGCUUAUCAGGGAUUCGCCUCAGGCUCUGUGGAGGAAGAUGCCUGGGCGGUCCGCUUCUUUGUCUCCAUGGGCUUUGAAAUGUUCUGCGCCCAGUCAUUCUCCAAGAACUUUGGCCUCUACAAUGAGCGUGUGGGCAACCUGACUGUCGUGACUCAUGAUGCGGACAACCUGAAGCGGAUUCUGUCCCAGAUGGAAAAGAUUGUCAGGACCACUUGGUCCAAUCCACCGUCUCAUGGAGCUCGCAUUGUCGCCAUCACUCUGACCUCACCGGCGUUCUCUGCUGAAUGGAGGGAAAACGUGAAGACCAUGGCUGACAGGGUCUUAUUGAUGAGGGCUCAGCUGAAAGCCAAGCUCCAAGCUCUGGGGACACCAGGGACCUGGAACCACAUCACAGAGCAGAUCGGCAUGUUCAGUUUCACAGGCCUCACCCCCAAACAAGUGGAAUAUAUGGUGAAGGAGAAACACAUCUACUUAAUGGCCAGUGGUCGCAUCAACAUGUGCGGUUUGACCACCAAGAACAUAGACUACGUGGCUGAGUCCAUCCACGAGGCCGUCACCAUGGUCCAGUAGAUGACUUCACUACCCACAGUUCUCAGGUCUUCCUCCUGCCGACCCUGGGCCUCCUGAUUCCAGGGAAAUGUGUGGAAACUCUCAUUUGCACAAAUAUAUGGACAACCCUCAGCUCACUGGCCAUGGUUCCCCUCCUUCUUUCUGUGUUUGUGCUAAGCUAGGCUAAACAUAUCCUGGACCUAUCUGAAUGUACAAAGAUGAUAAAGAUGCUCAUUCUGUCAUCCAUCUCCCUGUAAGACAGCACCUUUGGGAAUAAUUCUUUAUGUGAUUAUGUUUAUAAUUUGUCCCUGUUUUCUUUGUGUUGGUCUCCUGCUUACAGUGUGUAUUUAGUGUGACAUUACAGACUUUCUGUACUUUCUUUAUGUAGCGUACAGUAACUGUAUGCGUCAUUACCCGGACCUUUUAGUACAUCUGUGACUGUGUUACAGUUACCUCAGCAGUGCUGACUCUAAUGUCUAAAAAUAUUUAAUGUUAUUCUGUUGUGAUUCAUCCAUUCCAAGUGUUAAUAACACAUUUAUGAUUUUAUGUAGCUGUCAGUAAUGGAGUUACAAUUAAUAGAGCGCUUAAAUCAUAUUAAUGUGACCAAACUGACUGAAUGCAGCAGUAACUAGAGGAAGCAAUUGUAGUACGUGCUAAGUAUUUACCACCUCUUUAUCAUGAAUGAUAAUUUUUUUGAAGGGUGCAAUGUUAACAAGAGAUGAGUGUGCUCAGGAAGAUAUUUUUAACUUGAACUUUGUAAUUUAUUAAUGAUCCUUUCUUCUGCCCGGAGGGGUUGUACUAAUUACCUCACUUUUAAUCUGUUUUAAUGGAGCACAGAUGGCACUGAACCGUCCUAACAGGUGUGGUGACUCCAGAGUAAUCUCUGUUUUCUGCUUCCAGCUGAAUGUUGUGAUGUUUCUGGUUCUGUCAGGCACCUGCCAAGCAAAUGUUGAGUUUUCACGACUCUACUGUACUAUUAUGUAAGAGUCUCAGUGGCGCAAACUAAUGAUCAACCAGUUUGCUAUCGUAUCACUGUGCACAGCACAUCACAAAAGCAGUCUCACUGUUUAGCAAAUGAACUCAAGCUGAAAAUGUCCUCACCUAUGAGAUGAAUU